AUGCAACAGCCUGCAGCCGGAGUGCAGCAGCCUCCACAGGUUCAACCUUUCACAGCAGUGCAGCAGCCUGCAGCAGGAGUGCAGCAGCCUCCACCACAGGACCAACCAUUCACAGCAGUGCAGCAGCCUGUAGCAGGAGUGCAGCAGCCUCCACCACAGGACCAACCAUUCGCAGCAAUGCAGCAGCCUGCAGCAGGAGUGCAGCAGCCUCCUCAUUUCCCCCCACUUGCAGCAGUGCAGCAGACUGCAACAGGGGAGUGCAGCGGCCUUCAUCAGUCCCACCAUUGGAGCAGUGCAGCAGCCUGCACCAGGAGGGCAGCAGCUUGCAAACGCAGUACAGCAACCUGCACCGGCAGCGCAACAGCCGCAGCAGCACAGCAGCCUCAACCAGUUCCACCAUUUGCAGGAAUGCAGCAACCUUCAGGAGGCCAGCCACACUCCUUCCACCAACCACCUGGACUCCAGUACCCAUUUGCGGCUCCACCUCCAACUACUUUUGGAUCACCAGCUGCUGCAGCUGCAGGUCCCAGUGUGUGGGGAACAUAUGCUCCGCCCCCCCCAGGCCCCCCAGCUGGACCAGCCCCAGAUCCCAGUGUGUGGGGACCACGUCCUCCUGCUCCCCCAGGUCCUCCUGUUGCACCAACUUGGUGGCCUCUGCAACCAGCUUAUGGUCCUGGGUUUCCCCCAGGAGCGCCUUUACAGGAAACGCCGGGGGCUUCCAAAGACACUGCCAUGUAUACCAUUAUCAUGCCAACUUUGUGUGCUCUUAUGGGCUUCACUUUCAUUCCAGCUGACCCUGUCCAACAGGGCAUGCCUAGUUUUCUCCCCCAACUGGCACAAGCAUCAGCAAAGGGUCCUGGUCUGAUGGCACUGUUCCGCAAUGGUAUCCAAAGUCUCACCAGCUCGCCGGACAACAACACCUUUUUCCAGGGUUUCAAUGUCUCUCCCACCUUGCACAAAGAACUCCAAAGCUUUCAAUACAGCAUUGACGACCCUCAAACAGACUGGCACAAAGGGUUGGGCCCAGGUGUGGCCAUGAGCCGCGAUCGUCAAGCUGUCCUGGAUCGCAAACGUCUUUACGAGCAAAUUAACACGUUUGGUGGUAUGGGAAUCACAAUGGGCCGUCUCGGGGACACCAAAUUGGAAACACCCACUCCUUCCCUGCCCCGCACAUAUCAAGAGUUUCUGUUUUUCCUAACCCGGUAUGGAAAAAUUCUCUUGACUUGGCUCACACCAAACUGUGCUCUUUAUCGUCUGGUGGCAGCACUUUCUACAGAAGUGCUUAAUUACAAUCGGCACGCAACAUAUCCUGACCACUGGUACUGGGAAAAUGGCCCUUUCAUUCUUUGGAAACUUGUGCUGGAAGCCAAAAACUUCUUUGACCAAAGUCGCAGUCAUGAAACAUUCUUAUUGUUGGGUCCAAUUCGUUUUGCAACAGAGCCUCAUCUGGCAGCUAGAGAUCUUAUCCGAGAUGCAAAAACUGGCCUUUCUCAAACUGAACUCCCUGGACCAUUUCAGCAACUAUUGAAUUACAGUGUCCCAAGUCGCCCAACACCACCCGUGCAUUUCAAUCCUGGAGGACAGAUGGCACCCCCGGUGCAGCCGUCCCCAGCAAGGCAGGCACCACCAGCGCAAGCUUCUGGCCCCCCUUCUCCACAACUCCUUCCAAUCGACAGUCAGGGGUACGAAAUGGAACUCCACCAACCACCAGCAGACGCAAUCCCCAUGCAGCUCAGGUUUUAGUCUCGUGG